ACUGGCCAAUGAGGAUCGUCUUGUCCGAGAUGAACUUCGCACAGGAAUAUAAACAGGUGAAGUGAUUAUCGUGCAGUUAAAUUGGGACGCUUUUUCAAAAGCCAGUUGAUUUCUCCACCUCAUCAGCAGCAUCAUUCAAGAUCAUGAAGUCUGUGACCCAAAGGCAGGCCAGUCGGCUUCUACACAACAAGUUUGUUGUUGUUCUCGGAGACUCCAUACAGCGGGCAGUGUACAAGGACCUUGUGUUACUCCUGCAGAAGGAUAAAUACCUGACCACGGCUCAACUGAAGACCAAGGGGGAGAUGAACUUUGAGCAGGACUGCUUGGUGGAAGGGGGGCAGUUGGGUCCCAUGAACAAUGGGACAGGUUACAGAGAGGUCCGCCAGUUCCGCUCGGACCACCACUUGGUCCGAUUCUAUUUCUUGACCCGCAUCUAUUCCCGCUACAUGGAGAGCAUCCUGGCAGAUUUCGAGAAUGGCCUGAAGCCUGACGUGGUAAUCAUAAACUCCUGCGUGUGGGACCUGUCCAGGUACGGUCCAAAGUGGGUGACCGAUUACAGGGAGAACCUCCACAAGUUCUUCCUGCAAAUGAAGAAGGUCCUUCCGCCGGAAUGCCUGAUCUUGUGGAACAUGACCAUGCCUUUGGGCAGCAAGAUCAUCGGAGGCUUCCUGGUGCCAGAGGUGGAGCACAUGGCCCCCACGCUGCGCUACGACGUCAUCGAGGCCAACUUCUACGGCGGCAGGCUGGCGGACGCGUACGGGCUGGACGUGCUGGACCUCCACUUCCACUUCCGGCUGAGCCUGCAGCACCGCACGCGGGACGGCGUGCACUGGGACGCGGCCGCCCACCGCCGGAUCAGCGGCCUGCUGCUGGAGCACGCCGCCCAGGCCUGGGGCGUGGAGCUCCACCCCCCGCCUGCCGCCGGGGGCGCCCACGCCAUCCUCCCCUCUCCUACUCCCGCUCCUCCUCCCGCUCCUUCCAAGGCAAAGCGGAAGCAGGCCAGAAGGACACAGCCGUCGAUUCCCCGGGAACACAACCGACCUCCAGCCAUGGACCCCUACCGCUAUGGCGGGCCCUGCGGUAACCGUGGUUACUUCAACCCCUACAUGGAAUUCCCUGAAGUUCAUCCCAACCACCAGUAUCCAGCGCUGCCCUGGCCUCGGGCACCCGCCCCGGACUACUGGGUCCCCCACGGCUACUUCUGCGACGACUCCCCCUUCGGCCGGACGGGUCACGCCGCGGGCUACGUGAGCUUCAACGACCACAGGAGCAGACGCGGCCACGGCGGUUGGGGGCUCGGCGGCGGACCGUACCACCCCGCUCCCGCGGGGGCGCAGAAUCACUACGUGAUGAAGAAGAGGUCCUCCGCACGGCACAACAAACCGUACUCGCGAGAGACACUGUACAGGUACUGAGUUCACACGACAGCCGGGGGGGGGGGCUGAAGGUAUCCAAUCGUUUACACGGCGCUCUUCAGUGACAUCGCACCGCUGCUGUCAAAAUGGCCGAAUCCACAGCACUUGUCAACGAAUCCUUGACCCAGAUUAAGGGCACUGAAUAAACCGUACACAGUGCUGUCUGUUGACCCCUAACCCUUUUAGAUUUUUAAGCCACCUGCUCCUUUUUGACUUCUCACCCAGCACUGUCAUCAGGCAGACAUUCUCAGUUGCGUUCAGUAUCCGUACAUGCAACUCGUGUUGGACUACACAAAGUCUCCACAUGUUUCAUAGCAUUCCCUAUUGACUGCACUCCAAGUCUUUCAGUCUACUUGAUGGACAGUAUUGACUACUGAAUUAUAGUGCCCGGUGUUAUGUUUAUUUGCUUCGAGUAGUUCUGUAUUGCUGUGCAUUAUUCUGUUGAAGGAAAUGUUUUUUUUACGUAUAUUUUGUGUGUGUGGUUAUGUGCAUGCAUUGUUGGGUUUUAUUUUUUUUUUCUGUCACUGUGCUUUUGUGUUGAGAUCAAAUUAUGCACUUUUUUGAUGUUGAUGUGUUCAGAGUAAAAAUGUAUUAAUUGUAACU